CUACUGACCAUGGCCGCGCUGCUGCGCCGUCAGACAACAUCGCAGGCGCUGUGUCAAUGCCAGCGAGCCUUUUCGACGUCAGCUCCGCGUGCCGUUUCUUUGCAAUGGGACAAGAACCAUCCUGAAGCAUUGAAAGAUGCUCUACCAGAAUAUCCCUACGGUCCCACGCGAUGGUACAAGCAGUCUGCGAAAGGGCUGUAUGGCGGCCAAAGAGUUCAGUUCGGAAAUAAUGUCAGCGAAAAAUUCAAGACCAAGACCCGUCGAAGAUGGAACCCGAACAUUGUCACGAAGCGACUGUGGAGCAGCGCUCUGAACCGCCAUGUCCAGAUCCGCGUCACUACUAGGGUGCUGAGGACGAUCGACAAGCUCGGAGGUCUUGACGAGUAUCUACUGGGCGAAAAGGAGAUGCGCAUAAGAGAGCUGGGAGAAUCGGGGUGGUGGCUGCGGUGGGCGAUUAUGCAGACUCCAGCUAUCAAGAAAAGAUUCAGAGACGAAAGAGCAGCUCUGGGGUUGCCUGAAGAUCCUGAAAUGACCGAAGCUGUGGAAGAAGGCGUCGAGGUUUCCUCGGCAGAAGAGGAUGCGGAAGAGAUUGAGACUGAGCCUGUGGUGCUUGACGAUACAUUCAAGAUUGAGCACAACCCUGACUUGCCACCUUUGAAGUUCAGAGUGGAACCGAGGAAGCAUGUUAUGUUGACAGACAAAGGUUGGGUGCGAACCAGACCGUCCAAGGAGCGCUGGGUCAACAUGGCCAAAGACCGAAUUGCAAACUCCCAUAUGUUCGCGACUUGGAAAUCGGACCGGGUUCAGAAAGUCAAGGAC